AUGCUAGGGGUCACAAGUGGUGCUGUGUACUAUGGUAGUGCAAUUAUAGAUGGUAACCAGGGUACUGAAUGGAUUAAUGAGAAUGAGGGGAAUGUUGCAAAUUCGGGCUUGUUAACUGUAGAGGAGUGUCGUCAAAAAUUUAACUACUUUAUAAGGAAUUUUAACCUAGAUGGACAUUAUAUUUAUAGGGAAAGGCUAAUAUCUAAUGUAUCUAUCGGUAACUAUUCUUUGAUCAUUGAAACUCACCAUUUAACAGCAGAUGAUAUUGCAGGCUCAGAAAUGGGAGCCGCUACGGCUGACCAUACUAGUAUAGAUGAUAUUCAGAGCCAGAAAGAUGGUACAUCAGGUAUUGGAAUAUCUAGAGGUGUAGUAUCAUCUACUGGCCUAGUCCAGUGCUUUAGAAGAGCUCCUUUACGAUAUAUUCCAAUAUGUGAACAGGUUUUAAAAGAGAUAUAUUUGGACAUUACUGGUUCAGUAAAGAAUACGAGUUUGGAAUUGGAGAUGACAUUCGAUUCAAUUCCAGAUAUACAGUUACAAUUAAUUUCUAAUCAAGAACAAACAUUGAUUCGUGAUUUGAAGAGUGGGGCUAUGGAGAAAUUAGUGGUAGUUCCGGGAAUUAUUAUUCAAGCAUCCAGACCUCAAAAGAAGGCUAUAAAAUUGAGGAUAAUGUGUAGGCAAUGUAAAGUUAUUAGAACAUUGAAUAUUCCAGUUUGGAGACAAGGUGUACUUUUGCCAAGAGUAUGUGGUACCAUCCCAACUAGUGAAGCUCCUAAAUGUCCGUUAGAUCCAUUUAUUAUAUUAAGUGAUGAAUCGGAAUAUAUUGAUAUUCAAAGUAUGAAAUUUCAGGAACUACCAGAGCAUGUACCAACAGGAGAUAUUCCUAGGCAUAUUACAUUACAUAUUACAAGGAAUUUGAUAGAUAAAGCAAUACCAGGAAAUAGAUUACAUGUCAUUGGAGUUUUAUCUUCUGUUGAGAAGGAAACGUCUUCUAGAGGGAUAAGUUCUUCGGGAAUGUCUUCAAUUCGUUCAUCAUAUUUACAUGUUUUGGGUUUAAUAGGAUAUAAAUCAAGUGGAGAACUGAAGUUUUUUAAUUCACCAAGUAACUUGGUAAUGUCUAGUCUACUAUCUGAUCGCUAUAAUGAGAUUGAAGAAUUUAGGCGUCUUGCAGCUACCCCAAAUAUUCAAGAGUUAAUAAUGAGAAGUAUAGCUCCUGCUAUAUAUGGCAAUGUCUUAAUCAAGCAAGCUAUAGCUUGUUUGUUGUUUAGUGGCAGUGCUAAAACUCUACCAGAUGGUACUAAGAUUAGGGGUGAUCUGAAUAUCUUACUCUUAGGUGAUCCUUCUACAGCAAAAUCUCAACUAUUAAAAUUUGUUGAACAAGCAGCUCCAAUUUGCAUAUACACAUCUGGUAAAGGAAGUAGUGCAGCAGGAUUAACAGCAGCAAUAGUUAGGGAUCAUAGUAAUGGGGUAUAUGCACUAGAAGGAGGUGCGAUGGUUUUAGCAGAUGGAGGUGUAGUCUGUAUUGAUGAAUUUGAUAAGAUGAGAGAUGAUGACCGUGUAGCGAUUCAUGAAGCUAUGGAACAGCAGACUAUAAGUAUUGCUAAAGCUGGAAUUACAACUAUAUUGAAAGCUCAAUGUUCUAUUUUAGCAGCUGCAAAUCCUUCUUUUGGAUCUUAUGAUGAAACAAAGGAUAUUACUCAACAACAUGAUUUUGAGUCUACUAUAUUAUCUAGAUUUGAUCUUAUCUUUCUUUUAAAAGACGAAAAAGAUAUAACAAGAGAUAAACUCAUUGCAUCUCAUAUUGUUGAUCUCCAUUCAGGGAACAUGAAGGAUGGAUUAACAUUUGGAGCUGGAAAUUCUAAUGCUGAUGAUGAAUCAAUACUACCAUUAGAGAAAUUGCAACGUUAUAUUUCAUUUUGCAGAGAGAAUAUACAUCCUAGGCUAUCACUAGAUGCUGCAGCAAUACUAGAGAAUUUUUAUGUGCAAAUUAGGGAAGAGAAUCGUUCUAAUAACUCGGGGAAUAAGAUAACAGCUAGAAGAGAACGCAUCCCGAUCACUGUACGUCAGUUAGAAGCUAUAACAAGAAUCGCUGAAAGUUUAGCUAAGAUGGAAAUGCAAAGUAUUGCCUCUGAACGUCAUAUUGAAAUGGCUAUUAAGUUAUUUACAAAGGCUACUAUGGAAGCUAUCAGGUCAAAUAUUUUAUGGAUAGAUAAUUUAUCACCUUCUGAACAAGCUGCAAUAGUUGAUGCUGAGAAUGCCAUUAAAACUAGACUUCCAAUAAAAGCUAGAGCAAGCAAGGGGACAGUUGUUAAAGACUUAGCUCUUGUGGGAUUUGAUCCUCAUUAUCUUUCUAAGGCUAUUAAAAUUCUUGUACAAAAAGGAGAUCUUAUUGAGAGAUCGGACUAUUCAAUAGUUAGAGUUAGGUAGGGUAAUAUUUAGGAAGAUGCCAGAGAAUCAUGUAGACUAUAUUACAACUUGGUUGCAAUUGUAAAAUUGUAAAUUUCUGCAAUUCUGAUUCCUGGUACUAAAUUGGAAUAUCUUAAUUGUAUAUGUUAGCUCUAUCGAGAUAAGUAUAUUCAAUUAUGCAUACUCCAUAUUUACUUCUCAACUAAGCUCCGU